AUGGUUGCGAACGGGCACUUUGCGGGCAGUGCGGAUGGACAGGACUCGAGCAGCUACGAGCACGGAGUCCAGGUGAUUGAUGAGGACAAGGAAUUCAACCCCAAUGUAUCAAAGUAUCUCACUUACGAAAAUGUCACCCCGGCCGGAUUCAACUACCACCUCAUCUCCGUCUUUGGAUCGCAAUCGACAGGCAAAUCCACGCUGCUGAACAACCUGUUCGGUACCCACUUCAGUGUAAUGUCGGAGACGGAGCGACGGCAGACGACGAAGGGAAUCUGGCUAUCUAAGAACAAAAGGCUUGAGCUGCGCAAGGACCGUGAUCCGCAAGCGAAGAUGGCGGACAAUAUUCUUGUUAUGGACGUUGAGGGGACUGAUGGCAGAGAGCGAGGCGAGGAUCAGGACUUUGAGAGGAAGAGCGCACUGUUUGCCCUGGCGACAAGUGAGGUUCUCAUUGUCAAUAUCUGGGAACACCAAGUUGGCUUAUAUCAAGGUGCCAAUAUGGGACUAUUGAAAACUGUCUUUGAGGUGAAUUUGGAGCUCUUCUUGAAGGACAACAAGUCAACCCCGCGAUCUCUCCUCUUCUUCGUCAUCCGAGACUUUCUAGGAACUACCCCGCUUCAGAACCUACAGAAUACGCUGUUACAAGAUCUGAACCGGAUAUGGAGCUCACUCUCGAAACCUGCAGGGCUGGAGAACUCGACAAUCAAUGAUUACUUCGAUUUCGCAUUCGCUGGGCUUCCCCAUAAGAACUUCCAGCCGGAUAAAUUUAUGGAUGAGGUGCAAAAACUCAGCACUCGCUUCUGCGAAGGUCAUCGUGACCCUAGCAGUCUCGAUCGUAAGGGAACGGGUUCGAUUGAAGGGGGAAUAUUCCUUCCCGAAUACCACCGAAGGAUACCUGCGGAUGGCUUUGCUGUUUAUGCGGAGGGUGUUUGGGAUCAAAUCGUGAACAACAAGGACCUGGACUUACCAACCCAGCAGGAGCUUCUUGCUCAAUUCCGCUGCGAUGAAAUAUCACGUGAAGCUCUAGUUGCAUUCGAUGAAGCUAUCAGUCCAUUCGAAUCGAAGCAAGCAGAAGCCGUCCAGGCGGGUACCCCUGAAGUUCUGGGCGGGCUUGGCCCGGCAAUGCGAAAUGCGCGCAUGAAAGCCGUGAAGAACUUCGACACCGAGGCUUGUCGAUACCACAAGCGUGUAUAUCAAAUGAAAAAAACAGAGCUGCAGGAUAAGAUCGACACACGACUGAAAGCCCUUUUCCUUGGCCAACUUAAUGCGGCGCAUAGGUCUGGAGUACAAGAGUUCAGCGAAUCCGUCAGUGCCGCGGUGAAAGCGGGCCAGAAGAAAGGUGCCAGUUAUGAUUUUGCUGAAAUAGUGAGGAGGCAAAGGAAGCUAGCGAUUGAGAAAUUCGAGAAGGAAGCUCGAUCUACACUUGUAGAAGACGCCCCCUGGAGCAAUUACCAGCAGGAGUUAUCAUUAUAUCAAAAGGACCUGGAGAGAACCAGUGGGCAACUACGGAGAGAUGAAAUGCGACGAUUAGCAACGAGAGUUGAGCGGUGGGUGCGGUCCCGACUAGGUGAAUCGGUUGAUUUAGAGUUUAAUGCCCUUGGGUCAGGAAGAGGCGGUUCUGGUGCUCCGGAGUUCGGUGACAAACCUUCGGAGAAAACCAUUUGGGAUCGCGUCUGGACUCUCUUUGUGGACACGGUCCUUGAUGCCGAAAGGAGGUUCACGGAACGAGCAAGCAGUUUUGACGCCGGCUUGGACGAGGUAGAUGUCGGUCUAUGGAGAUUAAGAAGAAAAUCAUGGGGGGUUCUACGAGCUAAAAUCGACGAGGAAAUGAUGGAGGGCAAUCUGCUUUUAAAGCUCCGCGAGAAUUUCGAAGACAAAUUCCGAUAUGACGACGCUGGCGUUCCUAGAAUCUGGCGCCCGACCGAUGACAUUGAAAGCGUAUAUUCACAAGCUCGAGAGUCCACACUCACCCUUAUCCCUCUCCUUGCACGCUUUAAACUUGCAGAGACCAACGCACCUCCGCCGCUCGACAAAUGGAUUGGACAUACACCAAGCUCGGCAACACCUGCGGAUGAAGAGGAUCUCACACCGAUUGGAGGCGUCGAUGAUGACGAGGGGAAGAGCCUGGAGGAAGAAAUGACCUUGAUCGGCGAAGCGAAGAAACAGGAUUUAACAGUCCGGUUCAAGAAAACCGCGGAUGGGGUGUAUGUCGAAGCGAAGAGAAGUGCAAUCGGAGGCAUCACUCAAGUGCCGUUAUACUUUUAUGGCUUGCUCUUUGCACUUGGCUGGAAUGAAAUUCUUGCCGUGCUUCGGAACCCUGUAUACUUCCUCCUCCUUUUCGUGUGCGCUAUUGGCGCAUAUAUUACCUACCAGCUAAAUCUCUGGGGCCCUAUCAUCAAAAUGACGGAGGCCGCAUCACAUCAGGCGGUGGAGGAGGGCAAACGACGGCUGCGCGAGUUUUUGGAAGCCUCAGACACUGGCCGCCAGGCAAUGGCCAUGUCUGGAGCCAGGAAUGCAACGGAAGAACAUGAAAUGUCCAGGCUGAGUCGGAAGCCUGCCGAACGAGGAGGACGGAAGAAUCGAGCUGAUGAAGAUGUAGAUGACGACGACGAUGAUUUUUAG